UACUUCUUCUUCUCAUUCUCUCCCUAUUUGCCCUCUACAUGACCUCUACUUUGCGUUCCACCCCACAACAAUCUCUUCCCCAAUUCAAUGGCCAUCUCUCUCGAAAUUCCCCUAGAAAUCUUAGGGAAUUGCCAAGCUGGUAUAAGUUCUUGGCAAAUGAAUUCAUGGAUAGGAAGAUGAGAAUAGGUUUGUUGGGUGUGGAAUUUCAGGGCGAACGAUUAUUGCAGUCAGAAAAUAUGGACAUUCUGUCCGGUCAGAGUGUGAGGGACCCUUUGAGUUGGGAAUUCAACCUUUUGGGACAAGAAAAUGUGGACAUCAUAAAUGUGAAAUUUCAACGCGUUUCUGAAAAGGUGGAGUGGGGUCACUUGUUUCCAAAGUGGGUUGACGAAGAUGAUGUCUUGGGCCCACACGACUGCCCAACAAUCCCGCUUCCGGAUUUUGGGAAUUACAAGGGGCUCAAUGUGGUGGUGGCGAGGGUGCCGUGUGGUCACAGAAACAUAAGUGAUGUUUAUAGAUUACAAGUGAAUUUGAUUGUGGCUAACUUGUUGGUGAAAUGCGGGUUGGAUAAUCGAGAUGUUUACUCGAGUGUUUAUGCAGUGUUUAUUGGGGAAUGUGAGCCGAUGUUUGAGAUUUUUCGUUGUAAUGAUUUGUUGUGGCAUCAAAAAGAUGUCAGAAUUUACAAGCCGAGCUUAACAAAAUUGAAGCAAAAGCUGGUUAUGCCUAUUGGUUCUUGCCAACUUGCUCGUCCAUUUGCCGAACAAGGAAAAGAAAUAUGGAGAAGAUAUGCUUUAGUAGCAGCAAAAAGAAAAAUCUACAAACCAAGACAAGCCUACGUCACUGUUCUCCACUCCUCCGAAGCCAAUGUUUGUGGGGCAAUUACAUUGGCUCAAAGCAUCAUUCAAUCCAACUCAACCAGAGACCUCGUCCUCCUCGCAGAUUCCUCAAUCUCCCCGAGAACCCUCCGAGGUCUCCAGGAAGCCGGAUGGAAGAUCAAGCCGAUUAUUCAACCCAUCGGAGAGAGGGACGCAUACAGUAAGCUGAGGAUAUGGGAGCAGCUGGUGGAGUACGAGAAAGUCAUGUUUGUGGACUCCGACGUUGUUGUCCUCAAGAACAUGGACCUGUUCUUUGUUUACCCAGAGAUGUCCGCCGCCAAGAACGACGGCGGCCACUUUUUCAGCUCCGGGGUGAUGAUAGUGGAGCCCUCGAGGUGCACAUUCGAAGCUCUGAUGGAGAAGAUCAGGUACAACAGCAGCGGCAACGAAGGUUUAUUGAACGAAAUGUUGGUGUGGUGGCACCGGCUGCCGAUGAAGGUGAAUGGCCACAAGGUUUUCACAAGCACUUCUAGAAAUCAACGCAGAGUUCCUUAUGGCAGCGACUCGGCGUAUCAGCGGCGGCGGGAAGUGUACAAUAACAUGCCGAGAGGGCUCCGGGAGUUUUGCGCAUCCAGUCCCAAAAUGGAUGCCGCCGGCCAGGAUAAUAAGAAGGUGGAGAGGAGAUUAAAAGCUUAGAAGUUAUUAGAAGGCAUUAUUUAGAGUAAAUGUAAAGGAUCCAACAAGGCAUUAUUUAGAGUUUGGAGUGCAGUGAGAUUGAAGCUAUUGAAAGUUUCAAUUUGAAACAAUAUAUUUAAACAAUAAGUAUGUUAAGUUGUUAAC